UUACGAAUCCUCUCUUCUCUUGAGAACACUAGACUUCGCAUUGACAUUAUAACCGUGUAUAUAUAUUCUAUUGUCUUUUGAUUUUAUUAUAAAAUAAACUUAGCCAGUGUUAAAUAUUGUGUUGAGUUAUUAACGGAGAAUCAAUCAUCACUAACAAUAUCUUUGAUAUUUUACGAGAAUUUUACCAUUUUUUGAAGAAAAUGAAUCGCCGCAGUCUACGAAAUCGUAUUUUUGAUGAAAAUGAGUUGGAAAGUGAAAGUUCAGAGCUUGAGACAUCGAGUGAAUAUGAAGAAAAUGACGAUGAGCGAUCUGAAAGAUCGAGUGACAAUAGCCUUGAAAGUGAUUCAUCGGAUAUCGAACCACUGUCACAAGAAAUUUUAGAAGGUAGCGCAGUAAAUCUCGAUAUUCGCAUGAAUUCGAAAAAUGGAUUGAUCGAGUAUACGAAAGAACCAUUUGUACGUGGUAGAAGAUUUUCUUUUCGACAUCAAUCGAAUGUUUCUAAAGGUCCCACUGCUUUUGCUAUUUCUGCGGUUGAGUCUCCUCUAUCGGCUUUUGUUUUGAUCCUUUCGCCAAUUGAAGAGCAUAUUCUCAGAAUGACAAAUUUAUUUGGUGCAAGAACAUAUCGCAACAACUGGGAACAUUUGACAAUUCAGCAAUUGCGUGCGUACUUCGGAUUGCUUCUUCUUGCUGGUGUUUACCGGUCAUAUGGCGAGUGCGUUACGCAGGUGUGGAAUGUAGAUAAAGGCAGAGCUAUUUUUCGCAAAACCAUGAGCCUUGACAUGUUCAAGAAAAUUCAAAGGUGCAUUCGUUUUGAUGACCGCGAGGAACGUAAUCGGCGUGAUAAGCUUUCACCUAUUCGAUUCUUUUGCAAUAUGCUAGAUAUAAGUGCAUUGAACGCAUAUAUUAUUUUCACCCAUAUUUUCUCUGAUUGGAAUAGAAAAAAAACAAAUAUUAACAUUCGUCGUAGAUUGUUUCUUGAGGAAUUGGGUGAAGCACUCACAGUUCCAUUUGCUACAAACCGUAGUCAUCCACCACGUAUGUCACAGCAAUUCCAUGCUGAAUUGCAUCCUCAAACAUCAAUGUCUCAUCUUCAACCGAACAACAAAAGAGGCCGAUGUUAUAUUUGUUCCAGUAAAAACAAUCGUAAUGUUUUCGCUUCCCGAUGUGAAAAGUGUGCGAGAUUUAUCUGUGCUAGUCAUAAAUAUUCAAUUUGCCAUAAUUGUGCCUGUCGAAUAGUUUCAAAUUGAAUUUUUACGUUUCCUAAAUAUUUAUUCUUUUUCGCAUUUUUGUUUUCAUUUAACAUCGUUUUGAAAUUAAAAAUCAUUGUAUUAAUGAGGAAUGAAUAAACAAUAAAAGUCGUGCAAAAAAUGUAUGGGUCUGCUUUUUCUUUAAUUGGAUUUUAAUCCUGUAUUCGUGCGCAUACCAAACAACGUAUAUGUAAUACGAAUUCUAACAACCGAUGAGGGUUAAUCGGAAGUUUUUGUUCAAAUCAAUUAAGCAAAACGAAACUAAAAAGUGAAACAUCGAUUCCGCUGCAGUGGUAUCGCAGCAAUAAGCAUCUGUUUUUUUCACAAAAAUUGUUUUAAUUAAAAACAACAAAAAAAUGUAUUCCAAGGUGCUUUACAAUGUUAAUGUAUUAUGUGUAUGUUAAUGUAUAAAAAACUGAAAAAAGCCACUUCUCUGUCUCACAUUUCAAGUCGGGCAAACCAUGUUUUGCAAAUAUGCAUACCGUUAUUUCUAAAUUUUCUAUAUUUGUAUUAAAAGUUAUUGUUCAUUGUCGCCUUGUCAGUCAUUGGGUGAGUUUUGCAAAAUGCCGCGUAAUGUUAAAAAGUCUACAUUGGAGGAACGCAAAAUAGCAAUUCAACUGCACUUAGACGGAAAAUCUAAGCGAGAAAUAUCGAAAUUGAUAAAAAAAAAGUAAAUCAACAGUG